CGGACGCGGUCGUUUCCGCUUAACGGUACGCCGUCUGGGUGCAAAAGAACAGGGGCAAAAUAGUCCAAAUGCAAUUUCCACUUUAAUAAACGAGGGAUUUCGGGCCGGCCAUUCCCGGAGUGGAGCUGCCUGCCCUUUCUUUCUCUCCGUCGCUCGGAGCCAUCAUCAUGCUCUCCAAGGCCUCCUCCCUCAUGGUCUCUCUUCCCUGCUCCAGGGUGAGAGGACGGCCUUGUAUGUGGCCGAACAUGAGAAAACACUGGUUUGGAAAACAGUUAUUAUAUAGUUUUGGGACCCUAUUUUGGAGGCCUAUCAAAACUUUGCGUGGAGGGUAUCAUGCAUAUGGUGUUGCUGGGCUUUUGUGUAAUAUUACCAAUAUGGCAUCUUCUUUGCAAAUUGAAUUGGUUCCAUGCCUCCAGGAUAAUUAUGCAUAUCUUUUGCAUGACACGGAUACAGGUACAGUUGGAGUCGUUGACCCUUCUGAAGCUGUUCCUGUUAUAAAUGCACUAGAAAGAAAAAACCAGAACUUGACAUAUAUACUGAACACUCAUCAUCAUUACGAUCAUACUGGUGGAAACAUGGAACUGAAAGCUAGGUAUGGUGCAAAGGUGAUUGGUUCCAGCAAGGACAGGGAAAGAAUUCCUGGAAUUGACAUAGCCCUUCAUGAUGGGGAAACAUGGAGGUUUGCUGGUCAUCAGGUGCUUGUGAUGGAAACUCCCGGUCAUACAAAAGGGCAUAUAAGCUACUACUUUCCAGGAUGUGGAGCAAUAUUUACAGGGGACACAUUGUUUAGCUUAUCUUGUGGCAAACUUUUUGAAGGAAACCCAGAGCAGAUGUUUUCUUCACUCCAAAAGAUUAUGUCUUUGCCAGAUGAGACAAACAUAUAUUGCGGCCACGAAUAUACACUGAGUAAUUCAAAGUUUGCGUUGUCCAUAGAGCCCAAUAAUGAAGCACUAAAAGAAUAUGCAGAACAUGUAGCUCAGCUCCGCAGUAAGAAGCUCCCAACGAUUCCAACCACACUAAAGAAGGAAAAACUUUGUAAUCCAUUUCUGCGCACCUCCAGUUCAGAAAUCCGGCAAAACUUGAAAAUCCCAGCUGCUGCAAGUGAUGCACAAGCCUUGGGUGUCAUCCGCCGUGCAAAGGAUCACUUUUAAUGCACUGCUUUUGCUUGUACUCACACAGGUUUGUAUCAUUUCAUGAGAAAGAAAUAUAUAUUGGCAUUGCCCUUUGCGAUGUGUCUACUCAAUUCCUUUGGUGUGGAUGGUUUACAUUGUCAGCCAGUGUGUGACAUUCAAUCUCGUCCAAAGUUACGUUCUUUUGCACAGGAAACAAAUCAUAUGCCUGCUCACUGUCAACAUGCUAUUCACCAAUAAGGUAGUCUCAGGAUUUAUGUAUGCCGUCAUUCUUAUUAUGUAUAUAUCAUCACCUUUUCAA